AUGGCUCGAUUUGGUUUCAACAUUAAGUCUAAAGUGGCGGAUGCUAUUAGAGAUGGUCGUUGGGUGUGGCCGGAAGCGUGGAGGAGCGUGUACCCCAUAUUAUUUCAACUACGACCUCUUAGUUUGUCUACUAUGCAAGAUAAAGUUGUAUGGAUGAACUCGAAUGGAAAGCUGAUUCCUUUCUCGUCUAAGGAGGUAUGGGAAUCGAUCAGAAUGCGUGAUCAGAAAACGGUUUGGUCGAAACUUAUUUGGUCGUCUUUCAAUAUCCCUAAACAUGCCUUCGUGUGUUGGCUUAUUUUUAAAAAGAAGCUGUUGACCCAGGACCGGAUCUUACGGUGGAAUAAUACAGUCACGGGCUCGAUGAAUCAGAUGUGUUGCUUGUUAUGUUAUUCUGGAUUAGAGACUCACGAGCACUUGUUCUUCGAAUGCUCAUACUCGAAAUCAGUAUGGUUCAAAGUGAGGUGUAAAAUUGGCAUGGACUCGGUGUUAGAAGCAUGGGAGGAUAUAGUUUCAAGGCUUAUCUCUACGGUUGGCUCGAAAUCGGUUUAUGAUGUGGCUGGUAGACUGGUUGUGGCAGCUGCGGCUUAUGCUAUUUGGAGUGAAAGAAACUCGAGAUUCUUCAGCAACAAGUUGAGACCCCCGGAGCUGAUUGCCAAUGGUAUUAUUAGCACUGUGAGAGCAAAGUUAAUUUCUUUCAAGUACAAGCGAACAUUGAAUGUUAAGCGGUUUUUGGAGGAAUGGAAGAUGGAUAAAGAAGACUUCUUGAAUGAAGAGUGA